GUCCCAUUGCUGCCAGUUGCAUGCUAGUGUUCAACAGCGGCGCACGCGAUGAACCAGAUGGCAGUGCAGGCACACCCAUUGGCCAAGUAACAGUUAUUUUGGCGCGCAUUUCAAUUCGUUCGUGCUUUUGUUGCUAAUUGCAGAGCGCAUUUAAAAAAUUCAUGCGAUUGCGAUAAUACUUUGUAUUGAGCGAAACACUGUUAUUUUUGUUGUCAAUUUUGUUUACGUGGCUGUCAGACUGAGUGGCUGUCAGACUGAGUGGCUGUCUGUGUGUGUGUGUGUCUUCACUUGCAACUUUGCGCGUCAGCAACACAACAUGUAAAUCCUUAUCAAUGGCAUCGAUCAGUAUCAGCAGCGGGCCCAAAUACCGUUACAAAUCCCUUGUUGGCUCGCAACAACACUGGCUGCACUGCCUACUGCGGCUGGGGCUGUUUGCCCACGUUGUGAAGCUGGCGGUGCACGCUGAGGAGGUCAGCACUUCGACUGGCAUCUCUGAAGAAUGGGGCUCCGGCUGGCAGGGCGGAACCAACUUUCUGGUAGAGGUCGAAGAGACGGCUGCCAUGUCCCCAAAUGCCGCACGUGGCAGCAACAGCAGCAGCAACGCAUCCGUGGACUACAAUGCCGAGCUAGCCAACAGCCAGGAGACAGACCCCACGGGCACAGCGACCACAGGCACCAACAACGGCACAACUCUCGAAACGGGCCCCAAGAUCAUUGUGCGCACCGAGGAGGUGCUGAUUGUGGGCCUCGUACUCAUCCUCUGGGUGGGCGCCAUAAUGCUCUUCUUCAAUCGCUGGGGCAAGAUACGCAUGCUGGAGCCGUACCAGCCAAAGUUCCAGCAACAGCAUCGCAGCUCCUGUCCGCUGGUCGACAUCGAUGCCGUGCAGACACAUCAGCGCUCGUCGGUGUCCCGCAUGUCGAUGGGCAUGGUGCACAAUCAUAAUUUGAAUAUGCCAACGUGUCAAUUUGCGGCCUAUAAUCCCAACAUAUAUGCGAAGGGCUAUGCCUCGCAUGUCUCGCACGUCUCUCGGCCUCGCCAGAAUUCGGUUUUCGUGGGUGCCAGCACGAGUCACUAUUUGAUGCCGAGACCCCCAAGGAAGACGCGCUCCGCCAUGGAUCUGCACUCGAUGGUGCUGGACGAGAGUGCCGAACAGGUGUAGAUAGCAGGAGAGAGAGAGAGAGUGUAUGUUAAGGCUUAAGUGUGCGUGUGUGUGUGUGUGAUACUGUGUGUGAGUGUGUAUGUGUGAUUGAGUGCAGGUGCGAGAGAGCACAGCUAAGGCAUAAGUAAGUCAGCGAGUAAGUCAAGUUUGAUGUCAAUAGGCAGCUGAAGAUGAUAAUAAAGAGUACUAAAUGCAGUUCUACUAGAAUACAAAACUGUCCAACAACUACUACAAUUUACAAUGUAUAAAUGUAAAAACUCAAAGCCACGCAAUUCUACACCUAUUCUAUCUAUCAUUCUCUCUAUUUCUCUCUCUUUCGCUAUCUCUCCCUUUCUCUUUCCCUCUCUGUUUCUUGAUUUGCUGAGGGAGCAUGGCUUCAAUUUCAUCCGCGACAAAGCUCGCUGCUAUGAAACUUAACAUUUUGUCGUGCUGUUCAGCAUUUGUCAGCCAUUCUCAAUCCCAUGCAUAAUUUAUAGUAUUAUUAAUUAUUAUAUCUAUCAUUCUACCUUACGCGCAACAGUCUCCCAAAUACGCCGUAACUCUCACACACACAGUCAAAUGGAAAGUAUUUCGUUUCCCUAUAUAUACUUACAUAAUAAUGUUUACUUAGUAAUAUUAAUUAAAAUAGAUCGUUGCUAGUAAAACAGUUUUGUUGCAAACGCUCAAAAGAUAUACCCCCAUACGAUUACAUAUUUUACUAUAUCCCCUAACUUCAAAUAUCUAUAGCUAUACCUAUACCUAGAUACCUAUACCUAUAUCUAUAUCUAUAUCUAUAUCUAUAUCUGUAUCUACAUCUAUAUCUAUAUCUAUAUCUUUAUCUAUAUGCAUACAUAUAAAGGCUCGAUUUAAGGGAUCAGCGUAAAAAACCUACGUGAAUUAGGUUCUUAAUGCUCGUUCAGGUAGAUCAAUUGUGUGUUUUUUAUUUUUUUUUUUUUUUUUUUUGCAUUAAGUCAAUAAUUUAGUUUUUAGGCUGAAAAUUGAGAUUCUAAACUGAGGGAACACUUGGAAAUGGAAAGAGUAAAACUUGCGAGCAUGAAACUCUAUGGAGUUACAAUCGAGAAAGAGACUUCAGCUAUAACCAAAUUUAAUUAGAAGAAGAAAUGAAUUGAAACGAGUAUAGAAAACGAAUAAGAGAUUCGUUCGUUCCUAAAGAAAACAAAAAAAAAAGGAAAAGAAAAAGUUAUAUAUGCAACUCUAUGCAUACGGCACAGGAUAGUUGAUUUAGGAUUUGGUCGAAUCUGUAUUGCCAACGUGUCAAUUGGUCUAUGCCUCUUUAUAGCCGCUAAAAAUAUUAACGUUUAUUUGCAUACCAAAUAUUAUAUAGCUGGCCAACUAUAAUAUAUAUACAUAUUCUAUAUACUGUGAGCAUAUGAAUAAUCUUCUCGAUGUCCAUUUUAUAGAUGUGUUACUCCUCUAUCUAUCGAUCUAUGUAGCUAACCAACUAUCUAUGUUACCAAUCUGUAUGUCUAUCUAUAACUGUAAUUUGUAAUUUGCCUGUGUGCUAAUUUUCGACCAAGAAGGAGAACUACAAAAAUUAGAACUAAAACACAGAAACAACUACAACCAAGAGUAUAACUAAUGAAAGCUUUAAACAAAUAAACAACCCAUCCAACUGAAUUAAACUAAUAUUACACAAAUAUAUAUACAUUCAUACAUAUAUAUACAUAAAUACAUAUUUUAAGAAUCUUAUAUGUGAAAAACUAACUAUAUUCUAGUGCAAACUAUGCGGAACAACUAAUUAAACCUUAAAUACAAUUACAACUAAAACUAAAAAAAAACAACAAGCAUAAUAAAAGAGCUAUAUAUGUAUAUACCUAUAUAUAUACAUAUAUGCAAAUUAUAAGGGAUUUAUAAGUAUUUCUUGGCUCUGAAAAACCACUGUAAAAAAAUCGGUCCGGCAAACAGGCAGCAAAUUGAAUAUGCGAAUAAGUCUCUAUUGAAUAAUUCAGUGUUGUAAAGUGCACAGAAAUAAUUGAUCGCAUGUUCAAUUUGACAAGAGUUUGCACAAUAAGUAAA